GUCAAAAGGUGUGCUAUGGUGACCUCAAGCAUUCUUGUUACAAGUUAGCUUAUUUCCAGGACUUGUCUAGACGUGUGGGCUUUCAGGAGGCCCGCCAAGCUUGUGAAAUUGAUGGUGGGGCUUUACUGAGCCUGGAAAGUGAAGCUGAACAGCAAUUAAUAGAAAACAUGUUGCAAAACCUCACUAAGUCAGGCUCCGGGAUUUCUGAUGGUGAUUUCUGGAUUGGGUUGUGGAGAAGUGGUGAUGGACUAGCCACCUCAGGUGCUUGCCCUGACCUCUACCAGUGGGCUGAUGGAAGUAUUUCACCAUUCAGAAAUUGGUAUACAGAUGAGCCUUCCUGUGGAAGUGAAGCCUGUGUUGUGAUGUAUCAUCAGCCAACUGCAAACCCUGGUCUGGGAGGGCCAUACCUUUAUCAAUGGAAUGAUGAUAGAUGCAACAUGAAGCACAAUUUUAUCUGCAAGUACGGCCCAGAUAAUGUCUUAGAAAAAGAAUUAGGAGACAGAGCGGAGCCAGAUUACGGUGUUUUUCCAACGGCGCCAGCAGGAAAUUCUUAUGACACGAGCAAACCAGAAGAUCAGUAUCAUGUUAUUGCUACUGAAACAGGUAUAAUUCCAAAUCUAAUUUAUGUUGUAAUACCCACUAUACCACUACUGCUGUUGAUACUGGUGGCUUUUGGGACUUGCUGUUUCCAGAUGCUUCAUAAAAGUAAAGGAAGAACAAAAACCAGUCCCAACCAGUCCACACUAUGGAUUUCAAAGACGCCUAGGAAGGACAGUAGCAUGGAGGUAUAAUGAUUUACUGACUGAAAACAAAGCAAAAAUAACAUUUUCCAGUCAGGCUGUAUUAUAAUGUCUUCAAAGAACAUUAGCUUGGAAUGGCUUGAAAACGCAAAGGAUCUACAAGAAUGAACUGUAAGCUCCCCCUUGAGGCAAAUGUUCAGAUCAUUUUUAUAUAAAGUUUGAUUAUUAAUUCAGUAACAAAAUAUGCCAUGCUAAAUAAAGGGUAUGUGUUUAUUUUGCUGAGAGAUGUAAGUUAGCUAGUUGUAAGCAAUGAAAUGAGCAGAGCAUUUGAAGUUUUUAUGGGGAAAUAUCUACAAUGUAUAUCAGUUUUAAGAUUGUUUGUAGUUAAACAAACCCUCUUUGUUUCCUUUAGUCUCUCAUGCAUUGUAACGUAGUUGAUGUACUGGAAAUGGAACUGACAAUUUUACAGUGUAACAAUUAUUUAUCUUUGCAUAAAUGUUUGAUAC